CAGUACAGUCCGACCCUCCAGUACUACUCGAACCCGCAGCCUACCUCAGCCUCCGCCCGGGUCAGACCACCACAACAUCAGCACACAGAGGAAUGUCAGUAUUAACGACGGGCUCCAGGUGCCGGUAGUCGUUUGUGUCGUGAAGAGAAGGACCUCCUCGGUGUGUUGCUCUCAGUGUGAGACCAGAGCCCAGAGCCCCGGCAGCCGGUAACAGUUAAAAAGCAGAGAUGCCUCAGAAACACAGGCCCAAGUCCUGGACGGAGCUGAAACAAACCGGGAAUGAGUGUUUCAAGACGGGCCAGUAUGGAGAGGCCACCAAUCUCUACAGCCAGGCCAUCAAAGAGCUGGAGAAGUCCAAUAAAAAGAACCCAGAGGAUUUGGGCAUUUUGCACUCGAACCGUGCGGCCAGCUACCUGAAAGAGGGCAACUGUGGGGAAUGUGUGAAAGACUGCAAUAUGUCUCUGGAGUUGUUGCCGUACAAUGUGAAGUCCCUCCUUCGUCGUGCUGCUGCCUACGAAGCUGUGGAGCGUUACAGGCAGGCUUACGUAGACUACAAGACGGCUCUGCAGAUCGACUGCAACAUAGCAGCUGCUCACGACGGCACCAACAGGAUGACAAAGGCGCUCACAGAGGCAGACGGUCCGUCAUGGAGAGAAAAGCUUCCUCCAAUCCCCACCGUCCCUCUGUCUGUUAGAGAGAAACUAGCCCAGAAAGCUACCAUGAGCGCUGCACAGCCAAACCCUACACCCAAACAGAACGGCACCAGACAAACAAACAAACCUGCUCCUAAUGAUAAAGACAUGAAGAAAGGCCUCGUCCUGAAAGAAGAAGGUAACGCCCUGGUGAAGAAAGGAGAGCACAAGAAGGCCAUAGAGAAGUACAGCCAGAGCCUCAAACACGACCCCACUGAGAUCACAACCUACACCAACCGGGCGCUGUGUUACCUGUCAGUGAAGCAGUACAGAGACGCCGUCAGAGACUGUGACGAGGCUCUGGUGAUUGACAGCAGCAACAUCAAGGCUCUCUACAGGAGGGCUCAGGCUCACUCACAGCUCAAGGACAUCAAAUCCUGUGAGGACGACCUGAACACCCUGCUCCAAGUGGAACCAAAGAACUCGGCCGCCCUGAAGAUGCUGCAGGAGGUGCAGAGGAAGAAGUGACGACGCACAUCGGGGGACUCUGGAGAUGGCGGUAAGAAUCUGUCACUGCACUGCGUAGAGAAAGGAGAGGAAGACAAAGCACUUACGUUUUGUUGAAGAGUCGGGCGACGGAAAAAACAGCCGAGCAGUGACACGAUUCCGCCUCUUUAAGUCAAACCUGUGUUUCCCAAAAAGCUUCGUUCACACCAAACGCGUGUUUGAUCCGUUUACUCUCGGCGGAACAAACACGAGCUUGGUCAUCGAGACGCUUCUGGAAAACGCAGCUCCGGUUGAUGAGAACUGAGGGUGUUUCAGGAAGAAGCCUUGGCAACGUUUGUAUUCUACCAGUUUUUAGUGGCACUGAGUAUUUAUGGUUAUUUAUAUAGGAGCUGAAAUUAUCGACACGCAUCAUAAUUCUAACUGAGAAUAAGCCUUUACCGUCAUCAUCUGUAAACGUUCAGCAGGUAAUCGGCAUCAUUUGGACCUCCUGUUGGACGCCAAAACUUAAAUGUUCAAAAGUCCACUUACUAGCUUUUUUUCUAAGCUCUCCCACAUCUGGUCCUUUUUCUUCAUCAUCAGGUUGAACAUUCACAUCCAACACCAAAGAUCAUCUUUUCAAAAGAGGUAUCGCAUGACGUCAGGUCACAUGAUCCUGUUCUAUUCGCUGAUGAAGUUUGAGGCAUCAAGAUGUUCUGACAUUAGAAAAGCUUCUAGUAACUGAAAGAAAAUCAAUCAAUUGCAGCUGGUUAGGUUCAGGUAGGAGUGGGUGAUGGAGAUAAAAGGUAUAAUGUACAGCAAGCCGGUCGCCGUGAAAUAAAUCCUGACAGGGCGAAGCGAACGCGGAAGGGGUUUAAUUCACAACAAUGACCCGCUAGCUGUACGUUAUCACGCUUAUUACACGGCUACUUACUGAAGAAAUCAAUAAUUUGACACAAAAAUUGUUCUCCAGAGUCCGAGAUCAGAACUGCGCCCAUAGCAACGGUCAGCUGUACAUAGCAACGGUCUGCUGUACAUAGCAACGGUCUGCUUUAAAGAAAUAACAGACCGCAGAACGCCGUGAUUGACCAUUCAGAAUCGAGUAUUCAACAAAAAACGUGUAAUAAUGGCCUAAUGCAACCAGAGAAAUCAAAAGCACAGCAAAAUUUCGAACAAUUGACACAUUGAAGCCUCGGUUAUGCUUUCUGCAUGUACGAGCCCAUGGACAUAAGCUGAUGUGACGAGGAAGCGUUUGGAUCUUUUAUACUCCAUCCGGGCUCCUCAAAGUUCUCCAUUGAUCUCCGCCCAUCCUCGUCCGUGUAGUUAGAAAAAUAUUCGAUGUGCACUGACAGGUGAAAAGCCCGCUGCACGGAAACCCCUUUGUGAAGGUCCGUGUCAAAAUAACAUUACCAUCAUAAUAUCCUGGAAACUUAAGGUAAUGUUUUCAAAUGCUAGUUUUGUCUGACAUAUGGUCCCAAACUCAGAGAUAUCAAUUUUAGUAUCGCAUGAAACAAAGACAAGUUACAUUUGAGAAGCUGUAAUCGGAGAAUCCUGCAGAUUUUUGCUUGAAAAACUGUAACUGACUUAUUAUCAAAAUAUUAUUUUUUUUGUCAAUCGACUUGAUCCUUGCAGCUCCACCCCCGUUGUUUACAAUUUAAAGUCCAUGUUGAGGCCCACUUAAAAAUCCAACCACCUUGUAAAGGUUUAUUCUGUAUUUGAAUUACAAGUAAAACAACCAUCUUUAACAUAAUGUUCUACUCUCAGGUAGUUCACUUAUUUAUCCUAUAUUUUGUUUUCUGAGGCUUUUCGAUUACGUGUGAAUGUUUGUUUCUCAGUGGAUUCAUAUUCAUGAUGUUCAUGCCGUGUUCACGGCACGUGUGAUGGAUUGUAGAGUUUACCAUAUUUCUAGUGUUUUCACAACUCUGGAUAAAUACAGAGUUGGUUGUUUUAGGGUUCUCAAUACUAUGCCAUGGCAAUAUAGCACGAUAUAUAUAUAUUACAUUUGUGUUUAAAGGGACAGUUCACCCCCAUACAUAUUUAUUUUACCUGUAGUGCAAUUCGUCGGUCUAGAUUGUUGGAGAUAUCGGCCAUAUAGCUAUAGUACUGUAUAAACUAUUAAAACGAGCCUCUUGUCCAUGAAUAGAUGGCACGCUUCCUACUGCGUGGUGUAGUUUGGUAGAAAUAAAAUAGUCCUACAUGAAACCGCUCACAACAAGGUCUGUGGAUUAUCUUGAGUAACCGGGUCAUGAUUUCUGGAAACAGACAUUGCUGGCGCUUUGAGUGCCAUUUAGUUCCUUUAUAUUGUAGAGAAGGCCGACGUCUCUACAGCCGACAUCUGCAACACUCACAGCUAAACAAUCUAGAUUGAUAAAGAGCACUACAGGGAAGAGGGAAAAUAUGUAUUCUUGAUUUUGGGGUGAACACUCACUUUAAGCGUCCAUACUUCCUUUCAUUUCCAUGCACAAAGUCAAACUGGUAGUUACGAUAAUUCCAAUACGACGUGAACGUAGCAUUGCGUAUUUUGUACGUCUGUUUCGAAGCUUCGCCCUCCCAACAUAUUGGUGAGGUUUGGUCACGACGACCCCAUCCUCAAAUCCAGAACCUGUUAGAUACAAAAGGAAAUGUUCUUACCUUCUCUCCUGCCUCGUUCCAUGUGUGUCACUCCACUGAGAGUUAUAUUUAUGUUUAUUAAUUUUAGGAUCAGAGCGUCGCUUUGUUCCCCUCUCUGUUUGAAAGACAAAUAUGUGAGCCAAGUAAAACUAUCCGCAAACUCCUCGUCAUAUACAAAGUACUGUCUCAUUUUGUUUUCCAUUUCAUCGUAUUAUUAUGAAACAAGCAAAAUGUCUCAUCGGUGAUCCCGCUGUAGCUUGGCAAUCUCCAUCCUGCCUGAAGUGCCUGUCUUCAUCCUCCGUCUGCUGCUCUGCAUUAGUUUUCUAGCUUAAAUGGAAAGUGUCAUCUCCAGUUACGUGUCUCAUGCAAGGAAAGUUUGUGAAACACAUCUACGCUUAUUCAUGUCUGCACAGAGUUGAGCCAAGAAGCUGCGCAGUUCGAUCACAGCCUGACAUUCAUUAUUGGAAACGGAACUGUUUUAUCUCACUUUUAUCACAUUUCUGCUGUUUUUUGUAAUUUGCUACUUUUGUUUCUGUCGACCUGCUUCUGUUUUAACUGCAAAUAAACUUAAGAACUGAACAGACCCUGAA